AUGGACUUUGUGCUGGUGCCACAAGGAGCUCAGGGGGAAGUGGAGACUCAGACCGAGGCACAGACACAGCAGCAGCUUCACCAGCACGGACCGGUACGCACGGAACAGAGCCACGCGACACGAGACCGACACACGGGCGCGAUGGACGAGAGACUGUCGCGUUUGCAGGAGCGGCAGUUCCUGGAGCACGCGGAGUUCCUGGGGAUGGACCUCCCGUCCCUCUACAUGUGCAAGUCCAAGAGAGGGAUCAAGAGAGAGGACGGCGGCAAGGACGCGUACAAGUUGCCGCAUCGGUUGAUAGAGAAGAAGAGACGGGACCGGAUCAACGAGUGCAUCGGUCAGCUCAAAGACCUGCUGCCGGAGCACCUGAAGCUGUCGACGCUGGGGCAUCUGGAGAAGGCUGUGGUUCUGGAGCUGACGCUGAAACAUUUAAACGCUCUGACCGCAGUCACGGAGCAGCAGCAGCAGAAGAUCCUGGCGCUGGAGAACGGAGACCGCUCCAUCAGACCUCUGCACGCGGACGUGCACGCGGACUUGAACGCGUUCCAGUCCGGGUUCCAGGCGUGCGCCAAGGAGGUGCUGCAGUUCCUGUCUCAGUCUGAGAACUGGAGCCCGCGGGAGCAGCGCUGUCUGCAGCUCAUCACGCACCUUCACAAAGUUCUGGCUCAGCUCCAGGGCGCGCCCCCGCAGCUGCUCCGCGGGGACGCGCACAAAGCCGCGGACUGUCAGAGCAACUGUGUCCCGGUGAUCCAGAGAACGCAGGAACUGAGCGAGAACGACACCGACACCGACAGCGGCUACGGCGGGGAGGCGGAGAAGAGCGAGGGGACGGAGAGUAACCGAGCCCCCAGAGGCGUGAAGAGCGAGGGGGCAGAGGAGGACCGAGCCCCCAGAGCCCCCAGAGCCAUGAAGAUCAAACAGGAGUUCGGAGAAGAGCGCGCACCGAAGAGGGCAAAGGUCAGCUGGCCCGGGAGCCUGCUGGGCGCCGGGGACAGACCAGAACUGUCGCUAAUGAACUCUUUGAUGGGACUAACGACGCUGGGACAGCAGCCCAUCUGUAUGCCCUUCUACUUCAUCAACCCGUCCUCCUACCUGCCGUUCCUCGACAAGAGCUCGUACCCCGCGGCGCUGGCGUCUCCAUUCCCAUGGAUCUACCCCGGUCUGGGCGCGCAGCUGGCGGCGCAGAGCUCAGACUCCGCGGACAGUGACGGGUCACCGGGGGCCGCGUCUCCAGGGGCCGCCUCACCAGGGGCCGCCUCACCGGGGGCCGCCUCACCGGGGAGCGCGUCACCAGGGGCCGCCUCACCGGGGGCAGCCUCACCGGGGGCCGCAACACCGCAGCACAGUCCCAGGAGCGAGAGUCCAGUGACGUCAGAGAAAAGCUCUUGUCAAACAGACUGA